AGUGUUCAGAGGUGGUCGAGGACUCGGAGAGCAUCGAUGACCGUGGACCCUCUCCCUGCAUGGAACGAGCGCCGAAGAGUCGGAUUCGGAUCCUCUCGACCGUCCUGCAAGAGCGAAGACCGCUCUCUGCUCACGUGGGACGAGAUGGGCUUCAGAAGGUGGCUUGCCAGGUCCUCCGGAGUGCGAAUCGUUUCGUCUCCCAAGAAGAGUUUUCCGUCGUCAAGUGGAUCGCAGGAUCAUCUCGAGGAAUCUCCACAGAGCAUCACAUCCUUUGCGUUACAGGAACAACCCAAGUUGUCCGAUACAUUGGAAGAAAUAAAAAGACAUUGGACAAGAAGAAGAUGGAUGAAGGAGUUUAAUUAAGAAAUUAGCGAUGAUGGUGGAUGAUACAUGAAUAUGGUACAGGAAUCGAAUACAAAAACGACUGCGAUGUUUUAGAAAUACAUUACUGCUUCCAGCUUCACUUUAAGUCUUCCAAAAGUCUGUCUCCGUAGGUCAUCCAGUUCCACGCAGGUCAUUCAAGCCUCCUAGGAGAUCUUCCAGUCAUCGGAGAAAGGGCUGAGAAACAUAUGCAGAAGCCUCAGGAGCCAGCAAUCUAAACUUCACAGAUCUUCAGGACUCCAGAACUACACACCUCUUAGGGUGCCAAGAUACUGCACCAUCCUCUGUUGAUAGAAUACCAAGCUAAGUUACCCCUCAGAAAAAUACUUUUCUGUGUGAAACUGGAGCGAUUUUCUGAAGAUGUUUUUAGUAAAUAAAUUAUCGGUAUAUUAAAUGUUCUAGCACACAAAUAAACAAUCCAAUAUGAUUUUAUAGGCACUUUAAUGACACAAUGACUUAAUUCAAAUUUUA